CUAUACAAUUAAUAUACUCAUCAAGUGAAUCACUGGACAAACACAAUAGAGAAUAGUAACCUAAUUGAAUGAAUGUUAACGUAGUAGACGUAGCCUUAGGGUAUAAAUACAGUGUUCUGUUCGUAGAACACUUCACUCACUAAUAAACGGUCAAAGUGUAAACAUGUCGUUUUAUUAGUAGUCCGGAUUGGAAUCCGUGAAAUUCCAACAGGUUAUGGGGCCCAGACACAUUGAACUGUGGCAAUUAAUCUGCAGCGCCAGUUUGUACUGGAAGGGGUGUCAAUAACACUCGCUGUAUGAUUAAAUUGUGGUUGUUGUGUGUUCUGCGGAAAGUUUCGACGCUGGUUCGCGCUAUGGCAGUGGUGGCGGUAACUCCAAGUAUGGCGGUUGGUAUGGCAUCGUUUCGUCUGAGGAGUUAGUCACAAAGUGGUGACGGUAAACUCCAAGUAUGGCGGUUGGUAUGGCAUCGUUUCGUCUGAGGAGGUAGUCACAUGGCAGAUGGUCGCGUCGAUGAUGGUCGAUGGUCAAGUCAAUGGCAGACGACAAAAUUGGUCGAGUCAUGGCAGAUGACAAAUGGUCACGUCGAUGACGGUCGGUAGGCGUAAUACUGGGUGAGCAGUGCAAUCUCACAAACGGUUCAGCAUCAAUCAAGAUGGCAACAGUGGUCAAGAUGACAACGGUGGUCAAGAUGGCAACAGUGGUCAAGAUGGCAACAGUGGUCAAGAUGACAACGGUGAUCAAGAUGGCAACAGUGGUCAAGAUGACACACGAUGGUCAAGAUGACACAAUGGUCAAGAUGACACACAAUGGUCAAGAUGACGCACGAUGGUCAAGAUGACACACGAUGGGUGUGAUGACUACGGAUUUUAGUCAUGGAAAUAGCUAAAUGCUAUUCGUGGCAACUACGGAUUAGUUGCAAUUGGACAUAAAGGAAAGUCGCUGACAAAUCGUUUAAAUGUCGAUGGUCGAUGGUCAAAUCGUUUUCAAUGGUCGGUGGUAACUCGUUUCGAUGGCAAAUCGGUUCGAUGGUCGAUUAUACAUCGUUUCAAUGGUCGAUGGUUGUAUCAAUGGUGAAAAGAAGCAAAGAAUGGUCGAUGGUAAAUCGUUCAAAGAAUAAGAAUUGGUAUACGUAAUGCUCCAAUUGAGUGGGAGAAAUGCAAUUGAAGCGUCGUUUUUUGAAUUGGUCGAACUGUUUUCAAUGGUUAGUGUUUGGUGAAGCAUAUUGGUCGAAUGUCAAAUCAAUGGUGGAAUCGGUUCAAUGGUCACUCGCUCGCAGUACAAACAAACAAUUGCAUUAUCUGAUUCAGUGGGAGUUUUUUUGGAAUUCAAAUUCAUCUAUGAGUUAUAUGAAUUGAGUGGGAGUGUUGGAGCUAUACAAUUAAUAUACUCAUCAAGUGAAUCACUGGACAAACACAAUAGAGAAUAGUAACCUAAUUGAAUGAAUGUUAACGUAGUAGACGUAGCCUUAGGGUAUAAAUACAGUGUUCUGUUCGUAGAACACUUCACUCACUAAUAAACGGUCAAAGUGUAAACAUGUCGUUUUAUUAGUAGUCCGGAUUGGAAUCCGUGAAAUUCCAACACAAAGUACAUUUGUUAGCACGCAACAUUUAACUGCAUUUAAUACCGGUUGACAUCAAUUAAACGCUGCACGAUUCCAUAAACUAAAUAUUUACUUUGAGGACGAUUUUCACCAUCUGCAAAUUUUGCUGCAUUUGGUUAGGUCAGUAGUUAAAACAAUGCUGUCAGCCAACAUACCAGCACCAGCUUUAUUGUGUUUAUUCACGUUCCUUAAGACAACCACGCCAACAGUUUAUUUGCGCAACCCAAAUGAACGGGGGCCAACGGCAGUCAAUGCCGGCACUAAGUGCAUAUGUGCGAUGUCAGUAUAUUAUUUCAACGAUCCGCUGAUAACCCGAACAACAAAUUUAGAAUAUUUCCAUUCAAGUAAUUUGUCAGCUCCUUCAGCUGAUAUUGGAUCGAAUUUUUUGGUCAACAUACAUGCGAUGAUCACUGAUCAAAGUGUUGAAGGACUGCAGAUUCGAGUGACUUCUGAUGCUACAGGCAUUUACUCAUUAGUUAACGUUGAUCCACGAUCAAUAUUGUCGGUCGAUUAUUAUGUGUUCGUCGUUGAUGACAUUAGAAAGUUUAAAGAGGACUUGCAAAAUGUUGUUGUCAAGUCACCAUCUUGGAAUCCAGGAGCUAGAUUUCUUGUGCUUUUUAACAACCCAGAUGUGCGAAUCGACGCAAACGGUUAUAGUGGAGUAGACAUCGCUUCAAAAUUCUUCGAUUUAUUAUACAAUCGUUUCAAUGUGGCACGAGCUGUGAUCCUCUAUGCUUCUGGUAUCAAAACCUACAACAUUUAUGUUACUAAUCCUUACAAAAAUGAAGGCGAUUGCAGAUCAUUGAAGCCCAUUCUCAUUGACGUGUGCGAUAAUGGCAUAUUGAAACACACCGAACUAACCAAAAUAUCAAUACGAGCAGCCAGGGUGCCGGAAAAGGUACCUGCCUGUACUUUUACUUUCUGCACUAGAGAAAGUGAGCCAUACAUCGAAGAAAACUGUACAUCUGGAUUGGAAAUUGAUAUAGUGCGAACCAUUCAAGAUAUAAUGAAGUUUCAGACGAACAUCAUUUGUUCCUCAUUACCGAGAGGUGACAUGCAUAAUGGCAGUUGGACUGGAUUGCUGCGUCUAGUAAGAGAAGAUAAAUGUGACUUUGUUUUUGGUGGAUUCUUUCCCGAUAAUGACGUUCAUGAAGAUUUCGGCCAUACUUCGUCUUAUUUCGAAGACACAUACACCUGGUACAUUUACUUUGCACCUUUACGACCGCGAUGGAAAGGUCUAAUAGAAAUAUUUCAAUCUGAGACGUGGCUGUUACUUAUUGGAACCCUAUUCAUCGCUGGGUUGUCAUGGUUUGUAUUCGGUAAAGCGAUGGCUGAAACAAAUUCAAACAAAAAACUUGUGCUUUGUGUGAUGAAUUCCCUUGCUGUUAUAUUGGGAAUAUCGUCGAAUAACCGCCCCGACUACACCCCUCUGCGUAUAUUUUUCGUUUUGCUUGCAUUGUAUGGACUAAACGUCACUACAAUCUAUACGUCGAAAUUGAUAACGGUAUUCACUGAACCAGCACAUGAACAACAGAUUACCACCAUUCAAGAAAUCUUGAAGGAACGAAUACCAAUAGGUGGCCAAGAGGAGUAUGAAGAUUGGUUUAUGAAUGAAAAUCCAUUGGAUCAGAUCAUUUCGGAAAAGUACAACAAUUCAGACCAUUUUCUGGCAACAUUAGAAAACAUGGCAUUAGUCCGUGAAGGUUACAUUUCCAUCCUAACAAAUCGAAUGUUUGUACUUAGCCACGAUCUGCAGGAGGACAUUUUCGGCAUACCUGGAAAUGUUUUUACGAGUCCCCUUGAAAUGAUUGCGGAAAGAGGUUUCCCGCUGAUAAAAAAGUUCAGCAGUUUAAUUCAUCGUAUGAAGGACGCUGGACUGACAUCGAAAAUUUAUAAGGAUUUUCUGCACAAUAAGACAAUAUUGGACUUUAUUCGUCACAGAGACCGCAUCCAUGAGGUAGGCCAGAUCACAUUGACUCUGGAUCAUUUACAAGGGGCCUUCGCUGUGUUGAUCAUUGGAUUGAUCAUUAGUUUAGUGGUAUUUCUUAUUGAAAUUUUAUUGAACAGUAAAUGGUUCAUCAUGAACUACGGAAAGUUAACCAGAAGUCUUGGUAGACGGUUUCAUCGAUUGAAGAUCAAACCAAAAAAGAAACUGUUAAAGCCACGUCGACUGAAGAACAAACCCAAAAAGAAAACGGUUAAGCUGCGCAAAAAGUUUAAAUAAUUUAUUGCGGUUAAAGCGAGGAGAAAAUGUUGUAGAAAUUUCGUUUUAAUAAAUAUCAGAAGU